AUGAGUGGAGCUGCGUUGAUGUUGGUUUUCUGUCUCCUGGCCUACGCCCACUGUCAAGCCAAGCCCUUCAAGCAGUCCAGCUUCUUUGACUUGGUGGGAGAAGACGGGGGAUCUGGCGUGGAGCCAAUCGAGGAGAAAAGCCAUCGCCCUCGGUACUUCUGCCCUCCAAAGUGCAUCUGCCAACGCAAUGUGGUGCAGUGUUCCAACCUAGGUCUGACCAGAAUCCCCACUUACAUUCUCCCUGACACUUCAGUGCUGGAUCUACAGAACAACAAGAUCAGAGAGAUAAAGGAGAGAGACUUGAAAAACCUAAAGAACCUCCUUAUUUUAAUCAUUGUGAACAACAGACUGCGAAGGAUCCAUCCCAAAGCCUUUGCCCCGCUCCAGAACCUCAAGAGGUUGUACCUGUCCAAGAACCUGCUCAAAGUAGUCCCAGACAAUAUGCCAAAGUCGCUCAAUGAACUUCACAUAUGUGACAACAAGAUAAAGUAUGUGAAAAAAGAGCCCUUCCUUGGAAUGUCCAAAAUGUUGGCUCUUGAAUUCAGUAGAAACCCAAUGACGGGCGAAGGGAUUGAAAAAGGAGCCUUCAAAGGGUUGAAAAUGCUCUCGUACCUUCGUAUCACUGAGACAGGACUUACUCAGAUCCCAAAAGACCUGCCGCGUUCAUUAACAGAGAUUCACCUUGACCGCAACAAGAUCGUCAAAGUGGACAUGAACGAUUUCAAGAACCUUCACAAUUUGCGCAGGCUGAGGUUAAGCUCCAACAAGAUCAGAUAUUUUGCAAAUAAAACUCUCAGUCACAUGCCAAUGCUCCAGGACCUCCACUUGGACAACAAUAAGCUUUUCUCCAUCCCCCCCGGCCUGCCCCAGCACAAGAACAUCAUGGCACUCUACCUGAAUGACAACCACAUAGCACACGUAAGAGAGAACGACUUCUGCCCGACCAAAGAAGACUCAUUGAAGACCCCUUACAGCCGGAUCAGCUUGAUGAAGCUCACUCACCUGCUGGUGUUUGCGGCGCUUUUCCCUGGCGGAUUGUGCCAGUACGGCUACGAAUACUUCACCUGGCUCGCGCACAUCAUGGGCUAUUCCCGAUCGGUCAGGAACGAACAGGUCGAGGCUCCUCCCAAGCAGCCGAUGACAUCCGACUGUCCCGCCAAGUGCACCUGCCCUCCCAUCUUCCCCACCGCCAUGUACUGCGACACACGCAAACUGAAGCACAUACCAGUCGUGCCGGCCCGCAUGCGGUAUGUCUACCUGCAGAACAACCAGAUCGAGGCUGUUCCCGAGGGAGUGUUCGACAACGCCACCAGCCUGAUCUGGGUUGUCCUGCAUCGCAAUAAGAUCUCGAGCGAGAAGAUAGGCAAAGGAGUCUUCUCCAAGCUGAAGAACCUGAAGCGCCUGUACUUGGAUCACAACAGGCUGACCAAAAUAUCCUUCCCGUUGCCGAGUUCGCUGAAGCAACUGAGGCUCACUUCAAACAAGAUCUCGAAGAUCCAACCGGACCUGUUCCAGGGACUGAAGAACCUGACCAUGCUUCUGCUCAACGACAACCAACUGCAAGACGUCGGAGGAAGCUUCGAGGAGCUGACGUCUCUGGGUCUCCUGGAUCUCAGCAACAACCAACUGACAAAGCUGCCCGCUGGACUCCCGGAGUCUCUGCACCAGGUCUACCUGGACUUCAAUCACAUCAGCUCCAUUCCCGAGGAGUAUUUCCAGAAGCUCCCCAAACUGCAGUAUGCCAGGAUCUCGAACAACCACCUGACAGAUAACGGGAUCCCGCAGAACACAUUCAACGUCUCCAACCUGAUCGAGUUGGACCUCUCCCACAAUAAGCUGCAGACCAUUCCCCCCGUCAGCACCAACCUGGAGAACCUGUACCUUAACGCCAACAGGAUCAGAGAGUUCACUGUGGACAGUUUCUGCAAGAACACGGGCAUAAUGAACUUCUCCAAGAUUCAGGUUCUUCGCCUCGACGGCAACGCCAUCAAACAAGACGAGUUACCGCCCAACGCACAUCAGUGCCUGCGCCAAGCCAGGAUCAUAGACAUUUAGCCCAUGUUCACCCCACGCGUGUCAAUCAGUAAACCUCCCUGUGUCACUGUGUCCUUCAUGGCUUGUCUCAAGACCCGCCUCAUCGACCGCGCCUUCGGUUACCCUCCUA